GUGAUUAUAAGGAUUUCUAUUGUUCGGUUGAUGUUGUACAGGUAGAAUUAAAAACGAACCUAUCAUACACAAUGUGUGAAACUACAAAUAAUUUGCCGGAUAAUAAAAUUUGGAGAGACUUCAAUAGAAAAAUAAAUGGAAAAAUUGAAAAAUUCUGGAUUCGAACUUUGUGUGAAAGUGAAAUGGAAACUGCACUGGAAUAUUUAUCUGAAUAUUUUUUGAAAGAUGAACCAAUAUCUCAGGCGUUGAAAUUAUAUGAAUGCGAAGAUUGGAUUAUUCCCAUCCGUGAAUAUUGGCGAAAUGUACUGCAACAGAAAGUAUCGUUGGCUUGUUUCAAAAACUUGGAUGAUGGAAAUAACGAAAUGGUUGCCCUCAGUUUGUGCCGAGUGAAAUCUAAAGAAGACCCGUUUUUGUUGAAAAAUGGUAUUAACGAAAAAAUGAAGAAAAUGUUUGGUCUUUUCCAAUACGUUUACGACGUGAAAGAUUUUUUCAGUGAAUUUGAUGUUGAUAAGGUAUUGGUUGGUUCAGGCCUAUUUACAAUGCCAAAAUACCGCGGGUUCAAUAUAGGCUUGGAAAUGCUUCACGCCAGGAGACCGCUUUGUGCUAGUUUAGGUCUGAAAGUUUCUAUCACUAUAUUCACCGCUCCUGCAUCUCAGAGAUUGGCCGAAAAAGCAGGAUUCAAAGAUUACUGCUCUUUCAAAUAUGAAGAUCUUGGAAGAGAAAAUCCAGAUUUUGAGAUUCCUGAUAUAAAGUCUGAAUAUAUUAGGCUCAUGUACAUCUUAUACUAGAAAAUGUUUGGAAAAUUAUUUAUCUAAGUAUGUAGUUUAAUAAUGGUAUUUUUUGAGAAUAGAAUCAGUAGAAAAUUUA